AGAAAUUUGAUGUGAGUUUACAGUCGUAAAAUUCGCUUUUCCGUUGAAGACUUGGAGAUCAAUCAAAUGGCUGAUAAGAAAGGCAAAGCCAAACACGCUGUGAUUUCCCUCUCUUCUUCUGAGGAAGAAGACGAAAUAGAAACAGAAGAAGAUGAUGACUAUGAAGAUAACGACCUUUCCAAUUCUAGUGGAGAAGAAACUGAAGAAGAAGAGGAAGGUGAAGAGGAAGUGAACAAUUCGGACGAUAAUGAACGGACCGAGAACGACGAAUCUCUCUGCAAUCGAGUCAUUGCUCUUCUCAAAGAGGGAGGUGACUUAGAAAGCUUAAGCUUGAAAACACUCAAAGCUUAUUUGCGAAAUUAUGGCCUCAGAAUCACAGGCACCAAGACAGUGUGUCAACAGAGAAUUCUUGAGCAUCGGAGAAUAAAAGAUGGGAAAGCUGAAGCCUUAUAUCCCAGAUCAUCCUUUUAUAUCAACUGUACUGGUGAUGUUUGUAAAGGAGAUGUUGUUUUGUUUAUUCAGAAAGUCUAUAAGAAGUUUGAUAAAAUAACAAGGCAUGGGAGGCUUCUGGGGAAGAGAACUAUUGCAGGAAGGGUUGUUAAGGAAAGCUAUGGCAAAGCCAAACAACAGCAUACGUUUACGGUUGAAGUGUUAUGGAGCAAGGGGACUAAGAAAUUACCCCCAUUAUUUCCUUUGCUUGUAAAAGGUCGUAACCUUUACAAAUUGAGAACUUACAGACAGUGUUGGAGUGAUGAGGUUGAAAGAAGAAAUGUUCUUGCUGAGAAGCACAGACGAGGCGAAGCUGCAAGACUGGUAAAAGCAAUGAAAAGAAUGACGAAGCGGUCUGCUGAUGUUGGUACAAAACACCAAAACCAUUCACAUCAAUCAAGACCAACGAAAAAGAGAAAAACAACUGAACCUGAGAGUGGAAAGAUUGAUAAGACACAAGGAAAAGCUUCUAUGCUAAGGUUUGGGAAUACGGGUAACAAUUACCAAGUUUCUUAUCCAGAUGGACAAGUGAAAAAGAAGCAAAAAUCAAGGUCAAGAGUCCCUAAUACUUCCUCUAGUCGUGGAAAACCUGUUCAUUUCACUGAAGGUAUAGGUGUCAUUCAUCAUUCCAAUGCUGGGCCCGUUCUAAAUUCUUAUCAACCUCAAUGGAACUUUCACCACCGGAAUGCACCUCACCAGUUUGCUGGCUAUGAUAUUGGAACCACUUCAACAAUGGUCAAAUCACUGCCUUCCAGACCUUAUAUAGAUCCAUGGACAAUACCUACACAAUACCGGGGAUUCAACAAUCACGGUUACACCUACCAUCGCAACUCAAAUCCUGGCUUUUGCAAUAGAUGAAGGAAUUUGAUCCAAUCUCCCGAUGUGUUGAAUGUUGACAGGCUCUUAUAAAAUCACCUUCUGCUGUAAAGGCAUGUUAGUGGAUGG